GUGGACAGCUCAGUAUAUGUUUCUUCCCGGGAACCGAGAAAGAGAGAGGGAGAGGGAGAGGGAGAUGGCGGAUUCCGGCGAGCAGUUCGACGUGGUAGUCGUCGGAGCAGGAAUAAUGGGAAGCUGCGCCGCUUACCACCUGUCGAAGCGAGGCCUCAAGACCCUUCUCCUCGAGCGCUUCAGCUUCCUCCACCACCUCGGCUCCUCCCACGGCGAGUCCCGCACCGUCCGCGUCACCUACCCGGAGCCCUACUACCCCGGGAUGGUCGCCGAGUCGAUCCGCCUCUGGCGUGAGGCCGAGUCGGAGAUCGGUUUCCGCGUCUAUACCCAGACGCCCCAACUCGACAUGGGUGCCCGCGACAACCCGACCCUCCAGUCCCUCGUCGCCGUCUGCCAGCAGAACCGGAUCGAGCACCGGCUCCUCAGCCCCGCCGACGUCGCCGCGGAGUUCGGCGGAGCGUUCCACCUCCCGGACGGCUGGAUCGGCGUUGUGACCCGGGAUGGAGGCUUCGUCAAGCCCACCAAGGCCGUGGCCAUGUUCCAGGCCCUCGCCCUCCGCCACGGCGCGGUUCUGACGGACCACCAAGAGGUCACAGCCGUCGCCAGGCAAGAGGACGGCAGUCUCGCGGUCUCCACGAAGACCGGCCGGCAGUUCCGCGGGAGGAAGUGCGUCGUGACCGUCGGCGCGUGGGCCGGCGAGCUGGCGCGAGAGUUCUCUGGGGCUUGCGUGCCCGUGCAGCCGCUGCACACUACCGUCUGCUACUGGAAGAUCAAGGACGGCGAAUCCGCCUCCAAGUUCUUGCCUGAGAACGGUUUCCCGACGUUCGCUUGCUACGAUGAGCCGUACAUCUACGGCACCCCCACGGCGGACUUCCCAGGGCUACUCAAAAUUGCCAUCCACGGCGGCCAGCCGUGCGACCCCAACCGGCGGGAUUGGUCCACGAACUUGGAGCUGCUUCGGCAUGCGGCGUCGCCGUGGAUUCGGGCACGGUUUGAGGGUGCAGUGGAGGCCCAAGAGCCGGUGUUGGUGCAGGGCUGCAUGUACUCCAUGACGCCGGACGAGGACUUCGUGGUCGACUUCCUCGGCGGCGAGCUCGGAAAGGACGUGGCCAUCGCUUGUGGGUUUUCCGGUCACGGGUUCAAGAUGGGUCCUGUGAUGGGGAGGAUUCUAGCGGACCUAGUCACGACUGGCGAAGCCCAAGGAGUUGACCUCAGCCAUUUCAGGUUGGGUAGAUUCAAGGACAACCCCAAAGGCAACUCCAAAGAAUAUGGGGACCAAGUUUCAUCUUAUUCUCAGGCAUCGUAAAAUUCAGAGUGUGGUGAUUCUGUGUUGGCCAUGGCUGCCGUGUAAUGGUUACUCCAAAGAAUAUGGGGAGCAAGUUUCAUCUUAUUCUUAGGCAUUCUAAAAUUCAGAGUGUGGUAAUUCUGUAUUGAACAUGGCUGUGUUGUCAUGGUAACUCCAAAUAAUAUGGCGACCAGGUCCCAUCUUAUUUCUCAGGCAUCCUGAAAUUUACAGUGUGGUAGUUGUCUGUCAUGGUGAUGGAUGCUUCUGAAAAUGGUAUGGUCACUCCGUGACGAUGGGCUUUCAGAGAGCAAGUGGAAUAAUUGGCUGCCACAAAGAGUGACAUCUACUAGGCACUCUGUGUAGGUCGCCUCUUGCUGUUGGCUGCUGAUUCCUCGCUCUCUGUUAUCUCUCUUUUCUGUUAUAAGAUCGGCUUGCAAAGCCUUUUAUUUUAAUAUAUCAUUCCAUUUCGUCGUUA